CAAGUUAAAAUCCACUGAUAAAAUGCAGGUUAAAAUUGACCAUUAUGCUACUGAUCCUCUUCACUCAUGAAUCUAGGAUAUCGGAGACUACAAAAGGGUUAAAGUCCUGCCAUAAAGUUGAGAAAGAAGCUAGAGAGAGGUGGAGUUUAACUUUUUUUUAAAGCCUGUGCUCACAUGAACUCUCACAUUUACUUCCUGGAGAGCAAAUCCUACCAGCUGUAUCUGCAGAUGAAAGGAUUUCUGGAGAAGGGGAGGAGGAAUCCGGUCGACAAACCAGCACUCAGCAAUUACGGGGUUCACCCUCAUUUUGCCAAGUUGGACAAGAAGAAUUGAAAACCACCAAAGGACCUGAAAUCCACUGAUGAAUUGACAUCCACCAAGCAACUGAAGAAGUUGAAAGUGACGUCUGAAAAAAUCUGGACUCAAUUUCAUACCCUUCUCCUCUAUUGCUUAGGUUCAGUUCAACAUGGAUGUUGGUUGUUACCUCCAACGCAUCGGAUACCAAGGUCCUACCCAACCAUCUUGGGAGACCUUGUUUGGUCUUCACCGCUGCCACCUCCUCUCUGUGCCCUUUGAGAGUCUCAGCAUCCACUGUGGAGAACCCAUCACUCUGGAUUUACCCCACAUCUAUGAAAAGAUCAUCCGGCGUCACCGAGGCGGCUUCUGCUAUGAGCUGAAUGGACUUUUCCUGUGGCUACUGAAAACCUUGGGAUUUGAGGCCAAAGGUGUGUCUGGACGUGUCCGAAACCGCAUCACCGGGUGUUACGGUCCUCCCUUGGACCACUUGGUGAUUUGGGUUCAGCUGGACGGGAACCACCUACUUUGUGAUGUUGGAUUUGGUGAAGGGUUCAUGGAUCCAUUAGUGCUGAAACCAAACAUGGAGCAAGUCCAGGAUGGUGGUAUUUUCCAGCUGGGUCUGACUGGGGACAUCUGGGUCUUGGAAAGACGAGUUGUGUCUGGAAAAGAGGGGAGGCCCUUAUAUAAGUUCACCCUUGAAGAGAAGAAACUGGAUGACUUUACUGACAUGUGCCUCUACCACCAGACUUCACCCAGCUCCGUUUUCACAUGCAAAUCCUUUUGCUCGUUGCACAAAGAAGAUGGUGGGCGCCUGACCUACAUAGGUUGGCGUCUCAUCACUACAAGAGGAGAAGAACGUACAGAGACCACUCUGGAUGGCUCUGAUAUUCUAGCAGUACUCAGUGAAAAAUUUGGAAUCAAACUCCAGAAGACCAUGAAACCCAAAGAUGAACAAAUUCUGCCUCCUUCUGAGGAAAACUUUUGAUGGAGAAAUUGAAUUGUUAUUCUAUUGAUACCGUGAUAAGAUUUUGGAGCUGGUCAAUACUGGAGCAUAGAUAAAACACUUCUUAAAAGGACAAUCCACAAAUAAUCUGGUUAGUAUGGGCACCCAGAAUCCGCACUUGCCAUACUGGCGUGAGAAUUUUGAGCAUUGUCUCAAUAAAAGAAGCUUCUCUGA